AUGGAAAAAAGAAUUUGUAGCCGCAACAUUCUCUUUCUUCGUUCUCCCUUCUCGUCGAACCUAUUGAAGACCAGAAGAAAUCCUCUAGUCGAUCACUGUCGCCGCUCACCACUCACUGUUGUUGCUCGCCGGUUGCUGAUGUUGCUGCUCGCCAGUCCCUGCAUCUGCUGCCCAAUCAACCGUCUUUACUGCCAUCGUCUUCAACAUCAACAUCAACAGGGACAUCCGAAAGCCGCUUCUUUGAAAACCGUCCCAUUGUUGUUUCCAGAGCUUUGUGCAAAAUUCUUUGAUGGAAACAGUGCAUCUGUUAAUCUUAUCUAUGCCACAUCCAAAACACCAUCAGGACAGGGAUCAUCUUCUUUCCAUGUCGCACCACUAAAGUUAAUGGACGCCCCUUCCAUUAACAUAGAUGAAGAUAAUUACUUUUCCAAUCAUACUAGUGAGCAUUUUACUCAGCCACCACCUUCUGCUAAUUCACCUUUUGCUGCUUCACCUUCUGGUAACCCCAACAAAAGGGCUAAACCCUCAACUCUAGACCUUGAGCUCCUAGUGCCUCACCUGAUCCACCUUUAUGUGCCUUGCCAAAAGCUUCUAUUACUGCUGAUGAUUUAG